AUGGACACACCGCCAAGCAUCCGUCGGCAGUAUGCAAGUCCUCCUCGCGAGACGCCCGUGGAGCGGCGACAGCGUCUCGCCAAUCGUCGUGCAGCCAAGUAUCGUCACUUCCGAUCACUGACCAAGAGACAGGACGCUCUGGACCCGUCGAUCGAGCUCCAGCGACAGCAGAACAGUCGCAGACAGCGCGAACAUCGGUCACUAUUGGAUGCUGACGCGCGCGACCGCCUUCGAGCGCAGAAUCGCCGUCGUCAGCAGCUUCGAAGACAAAAUUUGAGUGAUGAAGCAAAGGAGGAGGUCCGAGCCAAGCAGCGUGAGCGGCAGCGACAACGUCGACAAACACUGGACGAUGACGCGCGCGAGGAGCUCCGAGAGCGCGAACGCCUGCGCAUUACACGGCGGAGGCGGCAGUUGAAAGUCUUGAAUAGGCAACAGAAUAAGAAGCAACAGGUUGACGGUCAGGAGGAGAUACUACCAGCUCAGCUGCAGCUGCUGCAGCCUUCACCGGUGGUGAGAGAGCGACUGCCACACUUGAGGCUAGCGCCAGAGUUGCCGACUUUGCGUCGACAUCAGGAGCUGCAAAGGCAGAGAGAGAUACAAGGUCAAUUGUCGCUGAGUGGAGGUGUGCAUAUCGCAGUGACGCCUCAAGCACUGGACAUGGAGAGAGUUGGGACGUUCCAGCUUGAACGGAUGCCGUCUUUGCCUCACUUGCAGCAAGUGACGAGACCAACGACAACGUCUUCAUCGCUGCAUGCCACGAUGCCGCUGGCGUUGUUUCCGAUGAAUGGUACGAUCGCUAGUGGAGCAGCAAGUGCGACGUCAGUAGGGUUGCCCACGGUUGCUAGUGCUGUGGCUGCGGUGGCGACUAUGCCGUCGCAGCCGACGACGACCAUGCCAUCAGUGAGUGUACCGAUACAAAACAAGGCGCUGACCGCCCUGCCAAUGGUUCCGAAGCAACAACAACCUCGGACACUCAUCGGGCUUCCACCAGGAGGACAUCGAUCACUUCCCCCGUUACCUGACUUUCUCAAUAGCCGCGAAUCAUUUCAUCUCGCCACUGCUGUUGCAUCCACUUCGACACAGAUCCCACGAUCUUCAAGCAGUGCCAAUCGAGCUUUGUUUCCAUCGAUGACCGACCUCCCUGCAGUGCAAAUGGAUGCACUGGAUGCUGAGUCUUUUUUUCAAUCUUGA